CUGACGAUGUCUAUUACCAUGCACCAUAUCGCUCGUUUUCCUACUUCCGGUUCUGACGUAAACAUUAGCGUCUGCAAAGUUUACCAUGAAAGUUAUUUAACCACCAAGACGAAUAUAUUUCAAAGGAUUGGUGUGCUUGAUUACAGUUACAAACUGGUUUGGUUAUUCGAGACGCCUCGGUUUGUUUUCGGAGCUACGAAAACUGUUUAUUGCCACCAUAAGAUUGGAGUCUUAGCCUGUGCGGAAGUGUAUUUACGUAUGAAGUAUCCGGAUUUUCAUUUUUGAUUACAUAAAGAACAUCUCUUGCUUCACUUGUGUUCAAUCGCUGCAGUCGAAGGUCUGGAUUGUCAGUCAUUUCAACAUUCCUAUUUAGUAUUAGGUGUGUGUUUGAUUACAGUUACAGACUGGUUCUGAUCUUCGGGGCGUCUCGGUUUGUUUUGGAGCUCAAAUAAACUGUUUGUUGCCACCUUAAGGAGGUAGUAAACAGUUUCUAGCCCUACUUUCGAAUCGUCCAGGGUCAAAAUUAGAAAUAUAAGGUGUGCUUAAUUACAGUUACAGACUGGUUUGGUUAUUUGGGGCGUCACGGCUUGUUUUGGGAGCUGAAAAAAACUGUUUAUUGCCACCUUAGGAAAAAACUCGAAUACUGUUUCAGAAAAUGAUUUGGAAGGUUACACGAUGCAUAGGAAAUUAUAAGCGACUUUCACUAAUUCUAGGCUCCGUGUUAUUAGUUUAUUCAUGGAUUUAUAUAUUGCCCAAUAAACUUUCAGAUAUUGAAAUAAGACCGUGUAAGAUAGAGAAAUUAGAUCCAUGGGACGAAUCUUUGAAGCCUUAUUUGGUUGACCCACCGCCACUUAAAUGCUCGAAUCGUCAGCAGUUGAUGUUCGUUGAUAGUAAAGGUAACUUACAGUUCAAUAACACAGUGAUGAGGAUAUACAAACUAGACAAAACGUCACUUAAUUGUUCAUAUAGCAUUAUGAAAAGAGAAGAUGGAGAUGCGGAAGUGACGUUUAAACCGGAAGUGAAGUUUGUGGUACCGGUGUUUGUGAAAAGUCACGUGUUCCGUGUAAAAUGCUUGAAUUCAACAAAAAUCGUUUUGUAUGAUUACCUUCACUUUAACCCAUUUUGGAAUGAAGAUGCUAAACAUAGUGACGACAUAGAAAAUGAAACCCAAGAAAAACUCAGUGUUAUAAUAUUUGGAAUAGACUCGGUUUCGCGGUCACAUGCGUUACGGAAUCUUCCGAAAUCUUACAAAUUUCUGCUGGAUGAAUUAAAUGCAUAUGAUUUUGAAGGUUACAGCAAAGUUGGUGAAAACACAUGGCCUAACUUAGUACCACUGUUAACAGGCCAGUCUCACAGAAACUUUCCAUUAGUUCAACAUUUGCGAAAACAUGUAGAUUCUAUGCCUUUGAUUUGGAACGAGAAAGUCGUGCAGCAUUUUGCUACCUUCUUUGCGGAGGAUAGACCCGAUAUUUCAACAUUUAAUUUUGUAAAAAGUGGUUUUAAAUAUGUACCCACCGAUUACUUUUUUCGUCCAUAUACACUAGGGAUGCAUAAAUUCGAGCCGAAAAUUAUUGAUUAUUUGGGAAACCCAUCAUGGGAUUGCUAUGGUGUGAAGAAUUAUUUUGAUAUACAAAUUGAAUAUUUGAAAGGCUUUCUUAAUAGGUAUAUCAAUAAAAGAAAAUACGUGUAUUUCUGGAAUAAUCAAGUAUGCCACGAACAGUUUACAACCCUGAGUCGCGGCGACGAGUCUUUGUUGGAUUUUCUGAAAUGGAUGAAAUACACAAAUCAAACCAAAAAUGCAAUAUUUGUCGUUAUCAGUGACCAUGGCUACCGGAUAGGUGGCGCGUCUUUGACCCAUGUGGGCAGGGCUGAAAACAACAAACCGUGGCUGAUGAUUCAUGUUCCAAAAUUUCUAAAAGAAAAGUAUAAAUGGUUACAUACGACAUUGUCUGAAAAUACACUAAAACUUAGUACUCAUUAUGACAUGUAUCAAACAAUGUUAGAUUUAAUUCAAGAUGUAGCAUUUUCUGAACAAAAGACGAAACCUGUCAAAACAGAACUAGUUCGAAGGAAUUUAUUCCACAAUAUUCCAUUAGAGAGAACAUGUGCUGAUGCCGGCAUUGAAGAGAAAUAUUGCACCUGUAAAGAAAAGGUUAAUAUCUCAACAACAAGUGAUGUUGUGCUAUCAAUGGCCAAGUUUCUUGUGAAAGGAAUCAAUGACAUUUUAUCAAAGAACGAAGAUGUGUGUUGCACCCUUUCCCUCCAUAAUGUAACAGAAGCCUCGGUUUCGUAUUCAAACAGUGAUCAAGAUAAUACACCAAAUGGACAAACUAACCCAGGAUUCUUUCACCAAUUAUUCUUCAGAAAAAAGCAAGAUAUAACUGGUCGUUAUUAUAUACUAUUCCAUACUAUCCCUGGAUUCGCAUAUUUUGAAGGAACUGUUGACUUUUCAGAAUUUGGACCGGAAGGAGUCCCAAAUGAAAUGACAAUGAUUGGUGAACCAUCCCGGCUAGACAGAUAUGGAAACCAAUCACAGUGCGUCCAAGAUUCCUUUCUAAGACUAUUUUGUUAUUGUAAAAAUUACAAGCCUGAAACAUGAUAAAAAUCAAAUGAUAGUUCUUUAAUUUGUUGUUAGUUCAACAGUCCUGCUGCAAAAACAAGCAUAUGACAAGGUGCACUAGGGUCAGUUAUUCAGAAGAACCUCGGGACGCGCUGAUUACCUCUCUUACCAUCAGCUUAGAUACCCUAGACAGCUUUAUAGACCAUAUUUCAAAUAAUACACUCAAACAGGCCCUUUGAAGUUUUCUGGAAACACUUCAUGAAACAUUUCAUGAAAUUUUCUGCCUUUCAAAUAUUCUGUUGAACAUUUAUUUAAAGACAGAGCUAGAUCCUAUAAAUAUAUGUUUUAUUUCUAUAUAAAAAUAUGCUAAUUUUCUUUAAUAUGAAAAUAUGUAAAAAGCGGA